CAUCUUGGUGGGAGAGAAACAAUAGGAAGGAAGCUCCGCGGGACCGGGCUGAGGCAGCAGAGCGUCCUGGCCCACACGGCCGCGGAGCUGAGGCCAGAGAGACGGACGCACGGACAGACGACAGACGGAGGACGCGCUGGCCGCUGGACCCCGCCGCCCCCUCUUCUCCCUGCUGCCCGCACCUGGAGGAUGAGCCCAGCUUUCAGGGCCAUGGACGUGGAGCCCCGCGACAAGGGCAUCCUGCUGGAGCCCUUUGUCCACCAGGUCGGGGGGCACUCCUGCGUGCUCCGUUUCAACGAGACGACCCUGUGCAAGCCCCUGGUCCCCAGGGAGCACCAGUUCUACGAGACUCUCCCAGCUGAGAUGCGCAAAUUCACUCCCCAGUACAAAGCUGUUUUGAUAUUUGUUAGGUUUGCAGAUGAGUUUGGGGCCUCUGGCAACAUAGAGACUAAGGAACAGGGUGUGGUAUCCGUGAGCUUCGAAGAAGACGAAGACAGGAACUUGUGUUUAAUAGCACAUCCAUUAAAAGGGGACCACGGAACUGUGGACAGUGUAAAUAAUUCAGACUGUGAACCAAAAAGCAAGCUGCUCAGGUGGACAAACAAAAAGCAUCACGUUCUAGAAACAGACAAGACCUCUAAGGACUGGGUGCGGCAGCACCGGAAAGAGGAGAAGGCGAAGAGCCAUAAGUUAGAAGAAGAAUUUGAGUGGCUGAAGAAAUCUGAAGUUUUGUACUACAGUGUAGAAAAAAAGGGGAAUGUAAGUUCUCAGCUUAAACACUACAACCCUUGGAGCAUGAAGUGUCACCAGCAGCAGUUACAGAGAAUGAAGGAGAAUGCGAAACACCGGAACCAGUACAAAUUUAUCUUGCUGGAGAACCUGACUUCCCGUUACGAGGUGCCUUGUGUCCUGGACCUCAAAAUGGGGACACGCCAGCAUGGUGACGAUGCUUCAGAGGAGAAGGCAGCUAACCAGAUCCGCAAGUGCCAGCAGAGCACGUCGGCAGUCAUCGGUGUGCGUGUGUGCGGCAUGCAGGUGUACCAGGCGGGCAGUGGGCAGCUCAUGUUCAUGAACAAGUACCACGGACGGAAGCUGUCCGUACAGGGCUUCAAGGAGGCACUUUUCCAGUUUUUCCACAAUGGCCGGUACCUGCGCCGGGAGCUCCUGGGCCCGGUGCUCAGGAAGCUGACUGAACUCAAGGGCGUGCUGGAGCGACAGGAAUCCUACCGCUUCUACUCAAGCUCCCUGCUGAUCAUCUAUGACGGCAAGGAGCGGCCUGAAAUGGCCCUGGACUCGGACGCGGAGGACUUGGAGGACCUGUCGGAGGAGUCUGCUGACGAGUCGGCCGGCGCGUAUGCCUACAAGCCCAUCGGCACCAGCUCGGUGGACGUGCGCAUGAUUGAUUUCGCACACACCACGUGCAGGCUGUAUGGUGAGGACAGUGUGGUCCACGAAGGCCAGGAUGCUGGCUAUAUCUUUGGGCUCCAGAGCCUGAUAGACAUUGUCACAGAGAUAAGUGAGGAGAGCGGGGAGUGAGCUCUGGCUGCGCCAGCACCUGAGAGACUCUGUGUGUCCCGGGCACAGCUGUGCUGCGUCGGGGAGGCGGCCAGUAUGGCCAGGCGGUGGCCCUGCAGCCUGGAGCUGAUGCGCAGAGGCCUCUGUGAGUCCCAGCCUGAGCCAGCCCCAGCCGCGCUCGGAGUCUUUAUUUAUUUUAACUGUUUCUUCGACAUUCCACAUUUGAUGAUGCAGAUACCUCUU